AUUUACUAGCUAUAAAAAAGCUGUGAGACAAUUGCUAAGAAACAUAUUGAACUGCGCAGCAAAAUAUGCUAAGAAUCAAAGCAUCAAGAUUGACAACAAUUUGCAACUGAGCGGCGCCAAGCGCACAGAAAAGCGACACAAUUAUAAUUUCAAUAACAACAACAGCAACAACAACAACAACAACAACAGAAUGAAGAAGUAGAAGCCGAGCGAAAGCUUUUCUACGACCUCUGCCGCUUGGUAAAUCUUUGAAUUGCCCAUCAUAAAGAAAGGGGAACGAAAAUUAAGCAGGCAAACAUGAAUAUUGGCAUUGCACACAAAUGGGAUAAAUUAUCGCCGCGCGAGUUUUUGCAGCUGCAGGAAUUGGCGUCAUAUUCCACCCGCAAGCUUCAGGAUGUGCUCCAGGAGUUUUGUGCGCCCAGCUCAACGGCCACGCCCAAAUGCAUACCGGACGGGGACAUUGACUUUGAUGGCUUUCGACGGUUUUUGGAUGCGUUCCUCGACUGCGAAACGCCGCUGGAUCUGGCCAAGCAUUUGUUUGUGUCCUUUCUUAAGCCGAAUGUCACCCAGGCCCAGCUGCAUGGCAAGGCGCUCAAUCAAAUGGCAGCCAUUAGCAGCACGGCCGCCUGUGCGCCUGUCACGUCCCAUACGAAGGGCUCCAUACCGAACAUCAACAGCAUUGCUGAACUGAUGCCGCAAUGCAGCAUUGGCGUCGGCGGCGUCGGCGAUGGCCCGGCCCAGGCACGCACCAGCUUUGUGGACAAAAUCCAUGGUAUUACGGAUAAGUUACAGCACUCACUUGGCGGCCAUUUGACGCACGAUCCCAGCAAGACCGGCAGCGUGCAUCCCAUGCUAACGGUUACACCCAGCCCGCUGGCCAGUGGCCCGAGCAUGUUCCAGGGCAGCAGUGCGGCCCGCCGCUCUGUGGACUCCAGCCCCUCGCACUCGCAGACGAACCACUCGCAAAUGUCGCGCAAUUCGUCGAAGAAGAGCAACAAUUCCGUUAAUUGCAAAAUUGAUACUGACAUUAAGCUGCUGACACGAAAACUCUCGCACUUUGAUCCUUUGACACUUAAGGUCCCGCUGAAGGAUGUCGUUUGCUAUUUAUCACUGCUUGAGGCCGGCCGGCCGGAGGACAAGCUCGAAUUCAUGUUCCGGCUAUACGAUACGGACAGUAAUGGCGUACUGGACACCGCCGAAAUGGAUGCCAUUGUUAAUCAGAUGAUGGCCGUUGCCGAAUAUCUUGGCUGGGAUGUCAGUGAGCUGCGUCCGAUACUGCAAGAUAUGAUGGUUGAAAUUGACUAUGACGCCGAUGGCACGGUGUCCUUGGAUGAGUGGCAACGUGGCGGCAUGACAACCAUACCGCUUCUCGUCCUACUCGGCGUCGACAGCACCACACUCAAGGAGGAUGGCAUACACGUGUGGCGCCUGAAGCACUUUAGCAAGCCGGCGUACUGCAAUCUCUGCCUAAAUAUGUUAGUCGGCCUUGGCAAGAAAGGACUCUGCUGUGUCCUUUGCAAAUAUACGGUGCAUGAGCGAUGCGUGCAACAUGCGCCAGCCUCUUGCAUCACCACCUACGUGAAAUCGAAGAAGCCGAAAUGCGGCGCAGAUCUGUUGCAUCAUUGGGUCGAGGGCAACUGCUACGGUCGCUGCUCAAAGUGCCGCAAACGCAUUAAGGCAUACCAUGGCAUCACAGGACUCACCUGUCGCUGGUGUCAUAUGAUGCUGCAUAAUCGCUGCGCCUCGUCCGUGAAGAAGGAGUGCACACUGGGCGAAUAUGCGGAACUGAUUGUGCCACCGACUGCCAUCUGUCCCGCCGUAUUGGAUCGCCAGCGUUCGGUUAAUCAGGCGCACAAAGCAACUCAUUUUCAAAUAACACCGCCGGAUGAGCUGAGCUGCCCGCUGCUGGUGUUUGUCAAUCCGAAGAGCGGAGGUCGCCAGGGCGAUCGCAUAUUGCGCAAGUUUCAAUAUAUGCUCAAUCCCAGGCAGGUGUACGAUCUGUCCAAGGGCGGGCCCAAGGAAGGACUUACGCUCUUUAAGGACCUGCCCAACUUCAAAGUCAUCUGCUGCGGCGGCGACGGCACCGUCGGCUGGGUGCUCGAGGCCAUGGACACCAUCGAGCUGGCCACACAGCCCGCCAUUGGGGUAAUACCUUUAGGAACUGGCAACGAUUUGGCCCGUUGCCUGCGCUGGGGCGGCGGCUAUGAAGGCGAAAAUAUACCCAAACUAAUGGACAAAAUUAAACGCGCCUCCACCGUAAUGCUGGAUCGAUGGAGCAUCGAGGUAACCAACACGCCAUUAACAGUUGAAGAGCUGCGCCCAAAGGUAACUCUGCACUCAAACAUGCAGAAGGUGAUUGAAUUGUCGCAAAGCGUUGUGGUCGACAAAUCGCUGAUCGAACGUUUCGAGGAAAUCCAGCGGCAAAACCUCAUGAGCAGCAGCUGCAGCGCCGACAACAUGUCAGCUGGCAAACAGGCGGCGCCAACUGCGGCUGCGUCUGCCACAUCGAUUAUGAUGGCCACAACGACAACAACGAGGACAGAAUACUCGCAGGAUAUGACAAGGACACUGGCAAAGGGACACGGACAAGGGAGUGCGAUUGCAGCUGAAGCUGAAGCUGGCGACCGCACCAGCACAACCACCAAGAGCAUUUCAAUGUCCACAUUCGAAACGCGACGCAUGCAGAAAACAUUAACUGCCACAAUGAGCGGCAGCAGCAGCAGCAGCGGGGCCAGCAACACGAGCAGCUCAAGUGGCAGCAUCAACACCAGCAACCAGCCCGAGCUGGCUGCCACAACGUGUCACAGCCAGCCGGAGGUGGCCAGCAUGCAACUACCGCCAACUCGAACAGACGCAACUGAGAAGCAAUCGCUCGAGAUGCUGCUGCUGCAGCAUAAGCAACAGCAGCUAAAGUUGGCAGCGGAAACAGCAGCAGCUGCUGCAGCAGUUGCGGAGGCGGCAACGGAAGCUGUCGCAUUUGAGCACAAUCAAAGCGAUGAGCAUAAUAGUCAGAGCAAUAAGCAGCAGUGCAACAACGUUAAGCAGCAAAUUACAUUGUCGUUGGAUUUGUCCGACAGCAGCAGCAGCAACAACAACAACAACAACAAAGAUGAGCAACAACAACAGGACAUGCAACGCCAAGUGCCCAGCACGCCACAAACACCAAACACACCCAACACACCCAACACACCCAUUACACCCACAACACCCUCAGCAGCAACAGCAACAACAGCCACAACAACGACAGCAAUCGGCGCAAUGCACAGCAGCAGCAACAUGCCGCAAAAGCCCAUCAAAGUGCAAUCGGACAAGGACUGCACCGUGCCCUAUAACAUUAUCAACAAUUAUUUCUCCGUUGGCGUGGAUGCCGCCAUUUGUGUCAAGUUUCAUUUGGAGCGCGAGAAAAAUCCGCAUAAAUUCAACAGCCGCAUGAAGAAUAAACUUUGGUAUUUCGAAUAUGCAACGUCCGAGACAUUUGCCGCCUCCUGCAAGAACCUGCACGAGAAUAUUGAGAUUGUGUGCGAUGGCGUUGCCUUGGACCUGGCCAAUGGGCCGCACUUACAGGGCGUCGCCCUGCUUAAUAUACCCUAUACACAUGGCGGCUCCAACUUGUGGGGCGAGCACUUAUCGCAGAAGCGCAUACGCAAGAGUGCGGGACCAUUUGGCAAGAGUAAGAAGCUCAAGUCCAGCGACAAGGAGUUCUCAGCGACCAGCUUUAAUUCGGUGGAUCUAUCCGUGGCCAUACAGGAUUUUGGGGAUCGUCUGAUCGAGGUAAUUGGCCUAGAGAAUUGCCUGCACAUGGGUCAGGUGCGAACGGGUCUGCGCGCUUCCGGUCGCCGAUUGGCUCAGUGCAGCGAGGUCAUCAUCAAGACCAAGAAAACAUUUCCCAUGCAAAUCGAUGGCGAGCCCUGGAUGCAAAUGCCAUGCACGAUAAAGGUUACGCACAAGAAUCAAGUUCCUAUGUUGAUGGCGCCGCGCUCGGAGAAAGGACGUGGCUUUUUCAAUAUGCUCUGCAGCUGAUUCAGGCGCAGCGCAUCGAGUGACUUCAUUGGCCGGCGACAGGCCCUGGAGUCAGCCGAUGAGCUGGAAGAUGAUUAUCGUAUUGUAACCAGAAGCACCACCGUCCAUAAUAUACCUUAGCAAGCAUAAGUAACUAAAGUGUUUAUCACACAGGCUUUCACAACCAGUUCGCUUAGUUUUAAAUAGAGUCUAUAGUAGCCAGUGUUGUCAGCUCAGCUUAAUUAUAGCUAAAUUUGGCUAUUUUUAGUUGUCAGCCAAAAACAUUUGAAUAUUUUAGCUGAUAUUAGCUGUUUUUUUUUGUUGUUGUUGCUAUUUUUGCAGAGCAAGCAAAUUCAGCUAUUUUUGUUGCUAUUUUUAACACUGGAUUGAGCUACUUUUUGCCGCUGACAACACUGGCAAUUAACAAAUAUAUUAGUAAUUGUGUAUAAGACGAGUUCGAGUGAGUUGUAGAGCUUUAUAAAUAAUUUUUAAUAGUCAAAAUAUACCACUACGUACGCCGAGUACUAUAAAAGUCACAUACAUUCCAGAUGGUUCAGUGUGCUGUAUAUAUAUAUAUAUAUAUAUAUAUUUGUAUAUAUAUAUAUACA